AUAACGAAGUGUUUAUAAACGAGUAGCUCCCAACAACAGCACUAAUCUAGCUCCUGUAGUUAAUAUCCAGAUUUUUCAACUAUUUGAAUAAAGUAACGUUGUUCAUCUGGACUAGUGAAGAUGUAUGAGGUUAUCCCCUUCGUCAAAGAAAUGCUGUCUCAGAAGCCCAGCCGCGCCAUGCUGAAGUUAUACCUGGUGGGCUCCGUGAUGGCCCUUUUGGGCACAGUUCUAGGACUGAUUGAAUGCUUCUACCAGUCCUUCUCUUACGGGGACCCGCUGGACGCCGAGUUGGCUUCGCUUAUAGCCCGAGAGCAAAGGGCACUGGAAGCGGAGGAGAGAAAGAGAGCGCAGGAUGUGGCUGUUUUUUCCGCCUCCCAGCAGAUCACCAUACCCAAGAAGCUGGAAUUCGAGGCAACUGAGGCGCAGAGAAUUGCAGGUGGACGGACAAUCUGUGAUGAGCAACGCUUCGCUGACCAGGUUGACCUGUACGUUGACAGUCUCCAAGCUGAAGUUUGAGGCCCAGUCUUAUGAAGAGAGCUGUCCGAUCCCUUGUCGGAUAAAUAAGAGAUAGUAUGACCGCUACUGUGCAUCAAUACAAAUUCUCCACUCCUUUCUAGCAGCAAAGUUUCCAUCCACGACGCCAAGUCUUAAAGUUUACAUUUCUGUAAAUAUAUUAGAUAUGUGAAAUGUUUCCUAUUCAAUGCAUUCAUAUUUGUAUUCACAACGUCUA